AUGAACACGAUGAAAAUUGAGCUGAUUCGUGUUGAAAAUGGGGUCGAAAAAAGUCUAGCUACUUAUCACAGCAUGAUGCAUCGGGAAUGUGCCGAAUUUUCCAACUGCAUUAUUAAGCGGGAAAUGAAUCUUCAUGUAGACACGGGCAAAAAUAGAUACACACUCGAGCAAGACCUAAAAUUUAUCAACCAGGCUAAAGUAAAGCAAUAUGAAGUAAAGUUGAUGUUCAAGGACAAAACGAAUAACUAUAAGUAUGGCCUCAAGGCGGAAGCAAGCAUCAAGGCUGAUAAGAAGCUGGAAGUGGAAGCCGGUUUGUAUCUGGGCCACUAUGGCUACUCACCGAAAUUUGAGUACCAGGUAGGCUGGCAGAAAGGCGACGACCUAAGCAUAAAGGGAGAGGCAAAAUGUAAAAUUGAUGAUCUUAUUCUAUUCACCUUUACGCAUACAGACAGAAUUGUAGGCUAUUCCAGUUUCCAGCACUCACAGAACCUUAUCUUUAAGGACACAACAAACAGCCAAAAUAACUUUGUUGCCAAGAACAGCUUCACAAUUGAAAUAGUAAACAGGAAGGGUACCCUAAAGGGCUCUGGGAAUCUGUCAUUUCAGGAGAAGAACGAAGACUUUGUUUAUCAGCUUGACGGCGAGAUGGAGAACAACCGAAUUACAUUUGGCUGGAACGUUGACACUGACCUACUUGUGAGCCUAUUCAAGUUGCGUAGGCACAAUAUUUUCGUUGAGGUUGCUUACGAUUAUGCCAAUCAGAUAGAGCUGCAUUUCAAGGAAAUAACUUCUUGGCUCGCUGAAGGCGCUCGCGGAGUUAGCGGCCAAGAGGCUAGUCUCGACUUCAACUUGGCAAAGACAUUUCGGUCAAUGAACACAGAAGUUCGCCAUGGACCCUUAGGAAUGCCGGGGAUCGACCAUUUCCGAGUAGGCUACAAUCUGGAUACAACCGAUCACAUAAAAGCCGAAAUAAUUACAGUGAUUUCUGGAAAAGUACUGCUCGAAGUCGAAGUAUCAGGGAACAUGUCAAGGAAAAUCAAUGAAUAUCAAAUGGCUGGUCAAUUAUCCUGCAACUUACCAACCGUGCCAUUUAGUAUGAAUUGGCAACGCCAAUUCCUGGCCAAUCGAGAUGGUUUGAAGUACAAUGAUGAAAGUAGCCUCUUCAUCCUUAAUGGCGUUCGUGGGGAAGUUGAGCCAAUGGUAGAUUACUCG